AGGGCUGCUGUGAUUCCAAAUAAAGUGGCCAUGACAGCAGAAAACGUUCAAGAGUCUAGUCCAAUAGGAAAAGUCGAAUUGUCAAAUCCUACAGAAAGAGCUGAAAUGUCAAAUCCAGCACCAAACGCUGAAAUGUUGAAUCCAGCAGGAAACCUUGAAAUGUCAAAUCCUACAGGAAACGCUGAAAUGUCAAAUCCCACAGGAAACGCUGAAAUGUCAAAUAAAGUUACAAACGCUGAAAUGUCAAAUCAAGCUACAAACGCUGAAACGUCAAAUCAAGCUAAAAUCGCUGAAAUGUCAAAUCCAACAGGAGACGCUGAAAUGUCAAAUCCAACAGGAAACUCUGAAAUGUCAAAUCAAGCUACAAACGCUGAAAUGUCAAAUCAAGCAGGAAACACUGAAAUGUCUAAUCAAGUUACAAACGCUGAAACGUCAAAUCCUACAGGAAACGCUGAAACGUCAAAUCCAACAGGAAACGCUGAAAUGUCAAAUCCAACAGGAAACUCUGAAAUGUCAAAUCAAGCUACAAACGCUGAAAUGUCAAAUCAAGCAGGAAACACUGAAAUGUCUAAUCAAGUUACAAACGCUGAAACGUCAAAUCCUACAGGAAACGCUGAAAUGUCAAAUCAAGCUACAAACGCCGAAAUGUCAAAUCAUGCCACAAACACCGAAAUGUCAAAUCAAGCUACAAACGCUGAAAUGUCAAAUCCUACAGGGAACGCUGAAAAGUCAAAUCCUUCAGGGAACGCUGAAAUGUCAAAUCAAGCAGGAAACGCUGAAACGUCAAAUCCAACAGGAAACGCAGAAAUGUCAAAUCAAGCUACAAACACCGAAAUGUCAAAUCAAGUUACAAACGCUGAAAUGUCAAAUCAAGUUACAAACGCUGAAACGUCAAAUCCUACAGAAAACGCUGAAAUGUCAAAUCAAGCUACAAACGCUGAAAUGUCAAAUCAAGUUACAAACUUUGAAAUGUCAAAUCAAGCUACAAACGCUGAAAUGUCAAAUCCAGCACCAAACGCUGAAAUGUUGAAUCCAGCAGGGAAACUUGAAAUGUCAAAUCCUACAGGAAACUCUGAAAUGUCAAAUCAAGCUACAAACGCUGAAAUGUCAAAUCAAGCUACAAACGCUGAAAUGUCAAAUCCAGCACAAAACGCUGAAAUGUUGAAUCCAGCAGGAAACCUUGAAAUGUCAAAUCCUACAGGAAACGCUGAAAUAACAAAUCAAGCUACAAACGCAGAAAUAUCAAAUCCAACAGGAAACGCUGAAAUGUCAAAUCAAGCUACUAACACUGAAAUGUCAAAUCCAACAGGAAACGCUGAAAAGUCAAAUCAAGCUACAAACGCAGAAAUAUCAAAUCCAACAGGAAACGCUGAAAUGUCAAAUCAAGCAGGAAACUCUGAAAUGUCAAAUCAAGCAGGAAACGCUGAAAUUUCAAAUCAAGCACCAAACCCCGAAAUGUCAAAUCAAGCAGGAAAUGCUGCAAUAUUAAAUCCCGCAGAAAACACUGAAAUGUCAAAUCAAGCAACAAACCCCGAAAUUUCAAAUCAAGCAGGAAAUGCUGCAAAAUCAAAUCCCGCAGGAAAUGUUGAAAUGCCAAAUCCGACAGGAAACAAUGAAAAGUUUAAUGAAGCAGGAAACGCUGAAAUUUCAAAUAAUGCACCAAACGCUGAAAUGUCAAAUACUGCAGGAAACGUUGAAAUAUCAAAUCAAGCAGGAAAUAUUGAAGGAUCAAGUCAAGCAGCCAAUACUGAAACGGGCGCCGUACCCAAAACAGCAAACAUAAUACGAGAAACAUCGUCUACUGCCUCGAGAUCAGCAGCAGAUACUGUCAAGGCAGCAACGGAACAAAAUCAGAUGAAUUCUGAACCAAAUGCGUCAAAUAUGAAACCGAAAGCGUCGUCUGAAAGAACCGAACCGAAACCAGGAGUUGUUGCACCUGAAACGGUGUCGGUUGUAUCAACUGGAAGUGUAUCUACCUCAGAAGUGGUUGAUAAGGCUCAUAAUUCCCCAUCACAAAAUGCUGCAACUGCAUCUUCAAAUAACCUAAAAACUGCCGAGGUAAAUAAUCAACAUUCUGGUGUGAAAAAUGUAGCUUCGAAGCAGAAACAAUCCUUGUCUGAAAACAGUGACAUCAAAUUAACACAGUCUUCCGUUACUGAAAAUAGAUCACCCAGCACAGAUAUCGUUGAAGCUAAGCCAGUGGUUAAAGAAUCUGUGCUAAAGAAAGCAAAAACAACGAAGAAAGCGGCAUCUGCCAUCCCAGCUACUAAGAAGAGUAAAACGAGCACAGAAAAUAAGAUAUUGGCAAGGCUAUCAAAGGAAAGUAUGAACCGAUUACAAAAACUUAUUCUGUCAAAGACAUCGAGAAGUAAAACCAUUCGCAGACUUGCUCUGCGUACCUACGUGGAAAAAGCUAGAGAAGAUGGAACGACUUCAGAGUCAAUAGUAGGAGAGACAAGGUUAGAUCAGUUCCAAAUGGAUAAAUUCAUGAAACUGAAAACAAAAUUAGUUACAAAAUUAAUAUUUGGCGUGUCAAACUUUUCCGAUGGAAUGCGCAAAAAUGCAUUGAAGGUAUAUCUAAAACUGAAUCUUCUUUCGUCAGACUUGGAGGCUAAAACGAAAAAAGAUCAAGAUGCAAUCAAAGUUCCCAUACCCGGCAACGUAAAAGUCGGUGAAAACGUUGCACCCUGGUCACAGGAAAAUGAAAACUCGGAUUUUCCAAUGCAGACACAUGCAAAGCCAAUACAUCCAAACUUUCUUCAGCCGCAGCCUGAUGUUUCGUCUACUAUCAAAAAGGACCCAGAGGUGCAACCAACAGGAGGUAAUAUGGAAACAUUGACAAUGAACAUGGACAGUAAAAAGGAUAAAGAUGCAAUCAAAGUUCCCAUACCGGGCAACGUAAAAGUCGGUGAAAACGUUGCACCCUGGUCACAGGCAAAUGAAACCUCGGAUUUUCCAAUGCAGACACAUGCCAAGCCAAUACAUCCAAACUUACUUCAGCCGCAGCCUGAUGUUUCGUCUACUAUCAAAAAGGACCCAGAGGUGCAACCAACAGGAGGUAAUAUGGAAACAUUGACAAUGAACAUGGACAGUAAAAAGGAUAAAAAUGCAAUCAAAGUUUCCAUACCCGGCAACGUAAAAGUCGGUGAAAACGUUGCACCCUGGUCACAGGCAAAUGAAAAUUCGGAUUUCCCAAUGCAGACACAUGCGAAGCCGAUUCAUCCUAAUAUAAUUCAACCACGGCCUGAUGUUUCAUCCACUAUUAGAAAGGACCAAGAAGUGCAAUCAACUGGGAGUGAGACGGACACAAUGGCAAUGCACACGGACGGUAGAAGUAAAAAAGAUAAAGAUGCAAUCCAAGCUCCCAUACCUGGCAACGUUAAAGUCGGUGAAAAUGUUGCACCCUGGUCACAGGCAAAUGAAAACGCGGAAUUCCCAAUGCAGACACAUGCGAAGCCGAUUCAACCUAAUCUAAUUCAAUCGCAGCCUGAUAUUGAAAAGGACCAAGAGGAGCAACCAACAGUGGGCAAAACAAACAAACAGCAUGCUGCUAGUGCGUUAUCAGCCGUCGAUGUUAAAGUUGGUGAGAACGUUGCACCGUGGUCACAAGAAAAUGCAAACUCAGAUUCUCCUAUGCAAACGCAUGUAAAACCAGAUCCACCAUCUUUGCUUGCUUCAAUGACUUCCGGUAAAAAGGACAAAGACAUGCAAUCAUCUAGCAUUCAACCGUCACAAUCUGAAAAUACUGUCCAGGAUGGUCAAACGUCUCAGAUCAAUACGGUUCUCUCCCAGGUACCGGAAAUAUUUGUUCAAACUUCUGCGGGAGGUACAAUUGGUUCACAAACUGAACAGGUUCCAGCGUCUGAUCAUAAUGUGAACUCUGUACCGGAUGAAGGCAGAACCACAACAAAAACUGCCGAAGAGCCAACUUUGCGGGAUAAUCAGGUUGCUGGUCCUGGUGUAGAACAUGGAACAGCAUCAACAAAGAGCUCAUCUAAUAAAGUCAUCCAAACCGCGUUAACAAAACGCGCUGCUGACCAACAGACACCCACAAUGAAUGAAGAAGCACAGUUGCAAACCGCCGAAGUGAAAACACAGCCUGAACUUGACCUAGAUAAGCCGUUCUCUGCUCCAAUUGAUGAACAAGUGUUGCCAGUCAAACGCACAGAUGCAAUUAUCGCACAGGACCUACAUCAUCCGCUUACAUCUUCUUCGUUCAGGAAGACAUCUCAUGUCCUGUCGACGGGUGACCACGUGCAUCGGAAGGGGACGUCCAGCGGUGGUGCGAUCACUGACAGGGACAUUUCAGCUGUUGUUUCGUCCUUUUUCUAUGUUCCCGAGUCAAUUUCACUAGAAAAUAUGCAGUCGCCACUUGGAACAUCUACCUUUGAGACGGACGGUAAACCAGUUUCGGACCUUGUAAUGGGAAUCAAUCAUCAAGCUUCUGUAAAGGAGCGUGUGCCUUCCGUUAGUACGGAAACUGGUCAACGUGCGAAUGAUCUUGUCAACAUUCCAGAUUGGUCGAAAGCACAACAACUAUUAAGCACUAAUAUAGCUGCUUUUGACAACCCAUUGAAUGAACAUAUAUCAGGAAUGCAGCUCGUUGUUCCUAUGAUGAGGGACGCUGCUGACAAUAAUGGUUUGAAUAGAGAACAGAUUCCUGUUGACAGAAACCGCGUGUUUUCAUCAGAUUCUUUUCCUUUUGUAUCGCGUUUCAAUGGUUUGGCAAGUAACUUUCCUAUUGAGCAAACAUCAGGCAUUAUGCAAUUAGUAAAUCGCAGAAUGGCGUCGCCAGGAGGUAUUUUUAAUUCUCUCGGCGAGUCAGCAACAACGGACAUAUCAGGGAAUACACAUAUGCAACUAAGUGGAAUUCAUGAAAAUGCGCCUGUACAACCUGUGGAUUUCAGUACUGUAUUUUCUAUGGACCCAUUACAAUCAUCUACCUUCAUGAAGACGCCGAACGUUGUUUCAACGAAAGAAAACAUGCAACAGAAAACCCCCAGUAGUGCUUUAAUUUCAGACAGGGAACUUGCAAGUGUUGUGUCGUCAUUUUUCCUUUAACGAUAAUUCUUUCGUUCUGCGAACCGUAAUAUGUUUUGCCCUUCCUCUUCUUUGUCCAUUUUGUUUUUGUCUACAUUAGUGUGAUCCCAACACGUUAACGAAACGGGCAGCAUUGCAUUGUGUGUAACUAGGUACUCACAGACUUACCGUAAAUGAGUUAAAAUAUGGAACUUUUUCAUUUAUAAAAUAUCAAAACGUUCUAUUGGGUAAGUUAAACGAUUGCACCAUAAGGGCAAUUGACAGUUGAUUAAAUGUCAACACAAAGCAAACUUUUUUUAAUGUCAAAAGAGCGAAAAAUAAUAUUUGAGAGACAAUUUAAAAGGAACUUUAGAACAGUUAAAGGGACCCGUACAUUACGUAACCUCGUUAGUUCGUACAUUUUUCUUUCUAAAGAAAUCGGGAUAACGAUGUUUUUUUGUGAGGAACAUUAUAUUUUGUAGAAAGAACAUUUGCUAAAAUAAUAAAUAGUGCAAUAAAAUAAAUAAACAGUGAAGGUGUUUUUUUCAGAAUUUGACGUGAGGAAAAAAAGUUUCACAAAUAAAUUAUAGUCUUGUCAGCGUAAAGUCAUGGCAUUAUAUAGCAUGGGAUGUUUCAUUAUUUAAUAUAUGGGAAAAACAACAUCGCACUUUUUUUUUUUUUUUACAAAUCGCGCUAACAUCCGGACCACGAGUGAUUGAUAUGAGUUAUAUAACUUGUAUCAUAAUUGUUGUAAAAUAAACAAAAAAUGUAUACAUGUCAUGUACUGCGCAGGCUUUCUAUAUACUUGAAACACUUUAUCUGCACUUAUUUUAACGGUAUUCUGAUUUAAGGGCUUUCCUGCUUUACAUAUUAAGCUAAAUUAUGAAUGAGUUCAUUUAAAUUUCAGUAUGUAGUUUCCUGUUGCAUAUCUUGUCAUUUUGUCAUUUCAUUAAUGCACUUAGAUGUCGACAUUCGAUAAUACGCUAAAUGCUAAAUAAUACGACACUUGUAUUGUACAGCGCAAUUUUUUCGAAUAUAUUUCAUGGAUAUGUUUGCCAUUGAUUGUUUUUAUCAUAGAUUGCACUCCUAUAUUGUGUAUUUUUUUUAUACUUUUAAUGCACAGCACAUAUUUUGUAAGGUGUUCUAUUUACAUGUGUUUUGUGGAGGUUUUGUACCAAUGCACUGUACAGCAUGAUUUUGGCAGAUAUGUAUACCAAAUUUCGUACAGCGCUUAUUUAUACAGGAGGUUGUUUUAAAGGUACGGUGCUGCACACAGCUUAAUUUUCGUUACAGCUUUAACUUGCAGGCACUCAAAAGCGAUGAUUUUCCGCAGAAAUAAUAUUUCGGUUUAUUCACAACUUAAACAGUUACGUGAACACCACAAAACGUCAAGGAACGAUUGUUCGAACCGGGAGUGGUGACCUACAGCGGUGUUGUGUGAACUUUAAAUCCCGCAAAUUUGUUUCAUGAAUAAAAAAAACCCUCGGAUGUUUAAUCCUGCCAUAUUAAAGUAUUAUACCGUCCAAAUUUCGUUGAUGAUCCUAAUAUUAGCCUUUCACUUAUUUCAUCAGCUUCUUUAUUAAAAUAGUUGGCAAACCGAACAUAAUCAAACGUGUUUAUCAUGAUCGAUUAUGUAUUUAGUAAACCAUCGAUCAAGAAGGCUUUAUAUUGACAAAGCGAAAGUAGAAAAUAGGUCGAUCUACUCGUGCAAAUAGCUAACCUUCAAUGUCAUGAACAUAGUUCUCAGCAAAAUUGCCCUUGGAACCUUCCUCUCUUAAUUUGCCCAUCCUGCAAUCAACGAUAGCGUCAUUUUUCUGCGCCCUCAGCCUCGUUUUUAAUUCAAGAUGGCCGCCGCAUGAGAAAACAUGUAAUGUCAAUGCAGUUGUAAGUGGGUAAACACGCACUAGUAAGCAGAAGAUUGCCUGAAAUGGACCCAUAAAACACCUCUUUCUGUCGGUUUAUAUAAUUGCAAUUCGGCUCAAUAUUGAGAUAAUGGACUAUAAUCUAUUUUUGUUCAAAGAGGUGGUUUGUUUUGUAAAUAUUGAGAGUUUGUGAGAGUUUUAAUAUGACAACAAACAAAUGACAUAACAAGCAAUACCUGCUCACAAGAGCAGAUAACUCUGCAAUACGAAAAGACGGAAUAAAA